AUGGGGCGGCCACCGAGAGGGAGGGGGGAUGGGGCGCCGGGUGGCGAGCCUGGAGGGCGCGGGGGCGGCGGCAUGCCCGGGCACGCGGAGGUCGACUGCGAUUUGUGGGAGGAUCGAUGCGCACCCAGCGUGAAGUACUCAUUCUCCCAGCAGCAGACUAAGGGCCAGGACGUCGUCUUCGUGCAGGAGGGCCUGACGCGCCGCGAGGACGGCCCGACAUGGUCAGUCUACUGCGCAUGCGACGGGCACGCGGGCGUCGCCGCAGCGCGAUUCGUGCGGGACCGCCUGUGGGAGGCGCUGGGGCCGCUGCUGCCUACGCGGCGCAUGCCGCUGUACAAGACUGACGGUUUUAAAAACUUUGCACUUGAGGUGAGAUUGGCUGUCGUGAAGGCUUUUGUUGCUGUGGGACAAAGGUUCAAGGCAGACCUUCCGAAUGACGCCUCAGGCACCACAGCGACACUGGCAUUGCUGUGCGGAAGGCUGCUGACUGUGGCCAACGUGGGCGACACAGAUGCCGUGUUGGACUUGGGCACGGACGCCUUCCUGGCAACGACCAACCACAAGAUUGCCUCCAGUGAUGCAGAGUAUGCGCGGCUGGCCAAGGCAGGUGUUGAGAUUGCCGCACUGGCACCUUCCCUGACGCAGCCUGCGAAGCCAGGAGAGAGCAGUGUGGGGCCCAUCAGGUGCUGGCCUGGAGGGCUCACUGUUGCAAGGUCUGUGGGGGACAUCGAGGCUGGGGCACACAUCAUAUCGAGCCCCCAUGUUCUGCAGGUAAGCUUGCCCAGGAGCGGCGCUCGGUUGCUCAUGGGCACCGGCGGCCUGUGGGACUUGAUCCACUGGGAGGAGGCUGCCCAGAUGGCCCGUCGGGCGCUGACAGAGGAUGCUGCACAGAGGGUCAUGAACUUGGCGAUGCUCCAGAACAACUGGUCCAUUCGCCUGGACACGAGCAUCCUUGUGAUCGAUGUGCUGCCCGGCGACAGGGGCGAUUUCCCAAAACUCGUGAAGGCCAAGAUGAGAAGGAGGCAGGCUGCAGGUGGAGAGCAGGCAUGCGAUUGCGACCUUAGACAGUGCCUUCUGCGCAGGUCCAGCAAGAAGGGCAGAGAGAACCUGGGCAUGAACUGCGACGACUAUGAGGUGGUGUCCAGAACGGAUGGCGCGGAUGCGGUUUCGCCUCCGCCCAAUGACAGCUGCUCGAGCUUCCCGGAUUUGCUGUCAAGAUCGGAGGGAGUGGAACAUAAGAAAGUGCAGGCCAAGGCCAGGUGUGGGAAGGCAGCGGGCUAUUCACAAGGAAGGAGGUCAUCCGCAGGGUCGUCGAUCGACAAGAGGCUGGCACCAGUUUCAAUGCGCAGAUCCAGUGCUGCAAGGACGUCAGCAGCUGCACAGGCAAAGCCCUACAUUUCCUGCCCAUCCAUCAGGUCUCCCGGGCGGUCCCUUGAAAAGUCGCCGAGGAAAUCUGGCUCUUCGCCCAAGUACUGCCAGACUUGUGGGAAACGUAACAGUGGGAGCAUGGACUGCCUCAAAAACAUGCGGUCCCCACGGUGUGCAUGCGCAGCCAAUGUUAUGCCUCUCAUGGUGAACAGUGAUCCUGGCCACCAAAUGGGGCAGAACGCCCGCCCUCAGCAACCUGUGGGCAAUCGACAACCCUGGGAGAAUAUCGCUGAGCUCCAUGGGGGAAACUCUGUGAGGCAGGCAAGGAACCCUGGCUGCGUGUCAGUGAGAGGCAACCGAAAGUCUUGGGUGAGGGAGAAUUCUGAUGGGCAGUCCCAUGUGCAGGCGGUGUCCGCGCCUUUGACAGAAGCGCACGGAAAUUUGGUUAAUUUCUUGAUGAACUCCACGCAAAGCGAGGGACAGCUGUCGACGAGGGCAGCAGGAGGGGAUGAUCAAAUGCAUGGGAGGAGAGAGGCGUUCGAAAUUUCCAUGUCACAGGGGCAGUCGGAUCGCCAGACUGGGGCCUUUAGUGAUAGCUGUGCAUCAGACAGCAGUGGGAAUCUGGUGCGAGCCAGGAGGGAUGAAGAUGGGAGAAGGCAAGGGACCUUGGAAAGCCAGACCAGAAGGCUGCAUGAACGCACACAGGGGGGGCGUUGUAUUUCUGGACCAUCACUACAGAGUGUGGUGGAGGAAGAUCAUCGCAGAUUUGGAGAGGCCUCUGAAGUGCCUGCUGUGUUGGCGCCCAACGAAAGGUGGCCUGCUGGACACAAUCAGGGACAGGGGCUGGACGGCGACAGGAGGAAUGGCAGCAGAGGGCGCCGGAGGUGGGGGAGUGGCAAGUUUGUGUAG